AUGAUGAAUAGGAUAGAAAUACUGCUAUUUUUUAUAUUAUCAUUGAUAAUUUCGGUACGCAGUACUACGUACCAAUGUGAUCCAACUAUUCAAUGCGGUUGUUCAGCACAAUCAACUGUACUUAUCUCACGAAUUGUUGGUGGAGAAGCAGCAGCUGAUUAUGCAUGGGGUUGGAUUGUUUCUCUUCAAAGAUCACUUUCACACUCAUGUGGUGCAAGUCUUUUGACAUCUGAAUAUGCUGUAACAGCUGCUCACUGUGUAUACGACGUAAGUGAUAUAUCAAUAUUAUCCAUUCUUGCUGGUACUAAUUAUCUAUAUUAUCCAUCGGUUACAACUAUACAACGAAGAGCAGUUACUGGGGUUAUUAUACACCCUGAUUUUAAUUCAGUAACUAUUACAAAUGAUAUUGCUAUUCUACAAUUUGAUCCACUCAAUGUGUCAUCAAGCUCGAAACUUGCUUUUAUUUGUUUACCAAAACAAAAUCAAGAUCCAUUUCAAACCAAUUCGGCCCUUGUAGCAAUCGGAUGGGGAACUACAUCACAAUAUAGUAAAACUCCAUCAAGCUACCUUCAACAAGUAACAGUUCAAGCUUUUUCAUCAAGAUCCACAUGGUGUCAACAAUCAGGUAUCGCUAAUACAGCUGUAUCAUUUUGUGCGGGUAUUAUUGAUGGCGGUAAAGACACAUGUCGAGGUGAUAGUGGUGGUCCACUGAUGGCUUUUGUUAAUAACACUUGGGUGUUAGCAGGGCUAACAUCAUUCGGCUACGGAUGUGCUCAAGCGGGAUAUCCUGGCGUAUAUGCACGUGUGUCCGCAUUCAUUUCGUUUAUUAACUCAACCGUUGAUUUCUCGGUACUUACCACAGCAACACCACCGUCACAAACAGAAACAACAACAGCAGUUCUAAUUACGAUAACUUCAGGUAUAAAAAAUACCAAUCACUCGAUUCCUAGUGGCAAUGAUGGAAAUGCUAUAUAUAAACCAAUGACAGUCAUGAGACUUUGGUUCUCAGUAUUAAGCUGCUUUCUUUUAUGUUAUUUACUAUAA